AUGGCGACGAUUACUGCGACGAUUCAGCACGUGUCCGUCACCGGAUCAAAGAGUGAUCAUCCCAGCGGUGACCCAAGUCUGGCAUUCCCGGACGACGAUCAAACACUCCCACCAGUGUUCACAGACAAGUUUGCUGAACGAAAGCAUUUGAAACAUCGUCUUGCACUUGCAUUCCGGAUCUUCGGUAAACAUGGUUUCGGCGAAGGGGUUGCUGGUCAUGUCACGCUGCGCGAUCCUGUAGACCCGCACGCUUUUUGGGUCAAUCCUUUCGGACUGGAUUUUUCGCUGAUCACGGAUGACGACCUCAUCUUGGUGAACUCCGAGGGCAAGGUCAUCGACGGUGGCAGGAAUAGGUUGCUGAAUUACGCGGCUUUCGCCAUACAUUCCGAGAUUCACGAGGCUCGGCCUGAUGUUCACUGCGCAGCGCAUUCGCACAGUCUGUGGGGACGUGCAUUCUGUGCCACUGGUCGUGAACUACAGAUGCUCUCGCAGGACGCAUGUGUGUUCUACAAGGACCAUGCGCUGUAUCGGACAUUCGCCGGCGUAGUCCUGGACUCAGAUGAGGGCAAGCACAUUGCCCAAGCCUUGGGCAACAAGAAGGCUCUGAUCUUGGCCAAUCACGGCCUUCUGACGGCCGGUAACACCAUUGAAGAGGUUGUCGCGUGGGACGGGCUGCCCGCUUGUGGAGAUAGCACGGCAGAGGCCCAGAGUACCUGGGAAGCGUUAGGUCACAGUAAGGCUGGGUACUUCAUGGGUCUACCACAGUUUCAGAGAGCUGAGAGGGACGAGUUCGGCGAAAGGACGUACUUGGGCAAGGGCAUCGAGGCAUUGUAG